UUGGCGAUGAUUUUCUCUAGACUCCCCUCUACGCCUGUGUCAGUGUGUCUCCAUGCGUCGUGUCAUCUUACGGCACGUGCGAACAAACGAUGAGAUGUGUGCGGCGGGGUCAAUAUAACCUCAAAGCACAUCAUUAUGUAUAAUCGAGCCGCGACAGGCGGCUCGCGAGCGUUUUGAGGUCGUGACUAGAUCACGCGCAAGUUAAGUCGCCUCGCCUCGCUUCGUUCAAUUAAAUAAAAAUAAAAACAUGGCGAUCGCCAAUAUCUUACUGCGGUUGGACGUUGGGACGAAGUUCACCGGAGUCAGACAUUUAAGUACAAAGCCAAAAUUUGGUCUAAUUUUUGACAUUGACGGUGUGAUAGUACGUGGAAAACAAGUAUUGCCACCAGUAAAAGAGUGUUUCAAGCGGCUUCAAGGAGAAAAUGGGAAAUUUCGCAUCCCUACAUUGUUUGUCACUAACAGCGGAAAUUCUCUGCGCAGUCAGAAAGCAGCAGAUCUGUCAAAAUGGAUAGAUUUUGAAGUCGCGGAAUCUCAAGUUGUGUUGGCACAUUCACCAUUGCAAAUGUUCAAUUAUCUUCACAAUAAACAAGUUCUCUUAUCGGGUCAAGGUCCAAUAUCGGAUAUAGCCCGAGAAUUGGGUUUCGAGAAGACAACAACUAUGGAGGAAUUAGUAAAGAAUUUUCCAAGCUUAGAUUAUAUAAAUAUGAAGAAGAGAAAUCCAAUUUGUGGUCCAGUUGAUCCAAAUUUUCCACGAAUUGAGGGGAUCGUGCUUCUGAGUGAACCGAUAAAUUGGGAAACGUCGUUGCAAUUAAUGGUAGACCUCCUAAUUACCAAUGGGAUGCCCACAGGAUUGCCUACUACUAUUCCUUAUCCGCACAUUCCAGUGUUGGCAUGCAACAUGGAUUUGUUAUGGGCAUCGGAGGCGCCAAUUCCCCGAUACGGUCAUGGUGCUUUCUUAUUGUGCCUCGAAAGUUUAUACAAGAAGGUCACAGGCAAAGACAUGACAUAUACUGCUCUAGUCGGAAAACCUAGUGAGAUUACAUAUUAUCAUGCCAAUCAAAUGCUCGUAAAUCACGCCAAAAGCAUUGGCAUCGAAAACAUCGAUACGAUUUAUGCUAUUGGUGACAAUGUCAAUACCGACAUCUUUGGCGCGAAUUUAUACGACAAAUAUUUAUCCCGUUAUGAAUCUGGAGAAGGUACUAAGUCCCGCAGUCUGGAAAAACUUCUUGGCAAGAACAUGAAGAGUCCCAACGCAAAGGCCUGCAUUAGUAUUUUAGUCGAGACCGGCGUGUAUCAGCCAGACUCCAAAUUCAGAACUGAUCAUAGCCCUAGAGAUUUCUUGCCGGUCGACGAUGGCCUGUGUAAGCCGGCGUUUAUCGUGAAGGAUGUUGGACAUGCUGUCAAUCUUGCGUUUGAAGAAGAAAAGUUUAAAUAAUUUAGCAUACACAAAGUAGUUAGAUAUCACUAGCCUUUACAUCUUUAGAAGACAAGGAGGAAAAAAAAGAAGGAAUGCAUAAAAUGACGUGAGUAUUAUAAUAAAUAAUUCUUUAGAAAGUACUAGCUUACAUCACUAGACAAUGUUCCAAAGCAGAGUAACAGAAAAUAGCAGGAGAGGCUAUAAUAUGUUAUGAAAGCAUAAUAUAUUUAAUUUGCUCUUUUUUCGAUAUUUUUUAAUUCUUUUAAACUGACUCUUUAAUGAAAAAACGAUCCUCAAAACUAAUCUAUUUAGCAAAUUAUAUUAAUCAGACUAUAUCAAUUGAUGAAAAGAAUUGGGAUAAAGAUUAAAGACAUGCGUGUAAUAAAUUAUCAAUCAGAAUAUCAAGAUUUUGGAAAAGAAUACUUUUGCAAGAUUCAGAUUAAUAUAUAUAUAUAUAUAUAUAUAUAUAUA